GCACUAAACGCACUAAAACAAAACAUACAUCGCACCCAUCAGAAAACACGCAUGCGCUUACCUCCCGCCGAGCUGUCAAAGUUUACAUCGAACGUCAUCGUCCUCUGUAAAACUCUUUCCGGUUGUCAUUCUAUUCGCAGCACCAAGAUGCCUGUCAGAUACGAAAUAUGCGUUGGUCUCAACAAGGGACACAAAACCGCUAAAAUCAAGAACGUUAAGUACACUGGUGACAAGAAAGUCAAAGGUUUACGGUCAUCACGGCUAAAGAACGUUCAAACCAAGCACACCAAAUUCGUCAGAGAUUUGGUUCGUGAGGUCGUCGGACAUGCACCAUACGAGAAACGAUGCAUGGAAUUGUUGAAGAUCAGCAAGGAUAAGCGCGCCUUGAAGUUCUGCAAAGCUCGUUUGGGCACACACAUCCGCGGCAAAAAGAAGCGUGAAGAAUUGUCGAACAUUCUUACACAAAUGCGAAAGGCUGGUCAUGCAAAAUAAACUGUUUUUUCUAAAUAAACAACCGAUAACGAAGAAACCAACAACAAAAA